AUGUCUUCCUCUUCAGCGACGACGUUUACGACGACGACGAGCUCUUUUCUUAGUAGCCUUUCUUCUCGCAGCAACAACACCAAGAAAGCGAGAACGAUUAAAAGAAACGUCGUCAGAGCGCAAGAACAACACGAUGACGUAAACGAGGACGGAAACGAGGAAACGAACGAGGAAACGAAGAAAAGAAGUUCAAGCAGCAGACGAAGCGCUCUGAUCAACGCAUCCGCGGCGACGUUAGCGAUGGUUAUUCCCUCUUCUUUUAAAACUUUUUCAAAUUCUGGGUCUGCUUUCGCGGCAUCGUCGUCGUUAUCAUCGAAUAAUGAAAAUGAAUUUGCGGAUGCGAAAUCCAUGCAAAUGUUACGACGAGAAGGCGAGUUUUCGCUCACGGACGAGGAGUGGCGAGAAAGAUUAUCAAACGCCGCAGACACAGACCCGUUCGCGUAUCAAGUGUUGAGAAAAGCAGCGACGGAGAGACCGUUAUCGUCACCGUUGUAUACCGAGAAAAGAGUGGGCACGUACGUGUGCGCCGGAUGCGAGAACCCGUUGUUCAGUUCGGAGACAAAGUACGACAGCGGGACGGGAUGGCCGUCGUUUUACGACCAUUUACCGAACGCGGUGACGGAAGUGCCGGAUUUUAGCAUCAUGUUUUUACCGAGGACGGAGACGAGGUGUAAGAGAUGUCAAGGGCAUUUAGGACACUCGUUCGAGGACGGGCCGAAACCGACUGGGAUUCGAUAUUGCAUGAACGGUGCGGCGUUGAAAUUCGUUCCGAAAGAUGUAUGA